AUGGACCAGAACACCUGUGGACAGAUGGGCCAGGGCACCUGUGGACAGAUGGGCCAGGGCACCUGUGGACAGAUGGACAAAGACACCUGUGCACAGGUUCUCAAAAGUUACUCAAUAAGUAUUUUUUCUGUCCGUCUCUCAGGUAACGGCUACAUUGAAGGGAAGGAGCUGGAGAACUUCUUCAGGGAGCUGGAGGUGGCCCGGAGAGGAGCAGGAGUGGACCCCUCAAACCCAACAUUCAGAGAAAAGAUGAAGGAGUUCAUGCAGAAGUUUGACAAGAACAAAGAUGGACGCAUUGAGAUGUCAGAGCUGGCCCAGAUUCUCCCGACUGAAGAGAACUUCCUGCUCUGCUUCAGACAGUUUGUCAGCUCCAGCGCCGAGUUUAUGGCGGCGUGGCGGCGAUACGAUACAGAUCGCAGCGGCUACAUCGAAGCAAAUGAACUGAAGGGCUUUCUGUCAGACCUGCUGGAGAAGGCCAACAGACACUACGACGAGCAGAAGCUGCACGAGUACACACAAACCAUACUGAAGAUGUUUGAUCUGAAUGGAGACGGGAAGCUGGGUCUCUCAGAGAUGGCGAGGCUUCUUCCAGUCCAGGAGAAUUUCCUUCUCAAGUUCCAGGGUGUCAAGCUGACGUCUGAGCAGUUCAAUUCCAUCUUUAACUACUAUGACAAGGACGGGAACGGCUACAUCGAUGAGCAAGAACUGGAGGCUCUGCUACGAGACCUUUACCAGACCAACAAGAAGGAGCUGGAUGUGAACAACCUGAUGGGCUACAAGGAGAGCAUCAUGAGCCUGUCCGAUGGGGGGAAGCUCUACCGCGGAGAGCUGGAAAUCGUCCUCUGCAGAGAGCCCAUUGUGUGACUUUCCUUCCUCUCCUUUAUCAUAUUUUUGGUUUCUCUGCCUGCCUUUCUCUCCUCUCUGCUGAGCCCUCACCCAUUUCCACCUGAGUAGCGACACAUACCAGGUGCAUGCGCCGGUCACCUCCCUUUCCAAGAAGAGUCCCCUCCCAAUUAAGAAAGAAUGAUAAUGUGCACUGUCAGCACACGGUAGCUCCUCUUCUUUAAACUGCUCAUUUGUGAAACUUGACGUCUCAUCCACCAGUUUACCCUCAGAUUACCCCCUCAGCUCAUCCUGAUUUACUUCUUCUGACCUCAUCCCUGUUUAUGCCGUGCCUGAAAUGCAAAAAUCUGUGACCCCCCCAACUCUCCACACAAUUUAAAAUCCCAGUUUUCUUUGUCCCGUUCCUCCCCUCGCUCUAACUUUGCAUUAGCCCAACCUGCAGACAGACAUCGAUGUUUGAGUGGUUGCUUUAAAAUCUGUGAUGGAGCUUAAUGAAUCCCCCCCCACACACUUUGCUUCCUUCCUUAAAACAUCUUUCCCAGUUAAACUCUGGUCUUCCAUGAUAUGAUUUUCAAUUUCAUUGUUGGUUUUUUGGCUGAAACUGUCAACAGAAACAUUAAUAAAGU